GCCACUAGGUGUCCGUCUCUCCGCUGCGCCUCCAGUUCUAUUCACCCAUAGCUGAAAUGAAAAUCUCGACGCUGGAAAAAAAAAAAUACGAAACCGUCAGGGAGCCACGAAAUAACCCGGGCUUGCCGCAUUUUGGCGUCAUCGCUUACAUUAUAGAUAUAUGAAAAAACGACAAAUUUGAGUGGAGAGCGUUGUGUAUUAGAGCUCAUGCGCGAGUCGGGGCCAUUACUGUGACCGGAAACUGGCUCCCGCACCGGGGCUGAUCAUCCUGACGCUCGCGGAUCAAUUCAUUAGGAAGCGGGGGUUUGAAGAGCAUGACCCGGCCACCAGCAAGACCGUAGACAAGGACUCAAUGGUUCUGCUGUGGAUUUCGUAGAGGCCUUUUCUCCCUUCAAAUCCCCCAAUUUUUUAUCCACUCAGUGUAGUGGCAUCAUUCCCUACAGAAUCAUGUCUGCAGCACAGACACAGAAUGACAAUGAGCAGCGCUGGAGCUGCCUGGAGUCUCUGGGUCUUAGUCCCAGAGAGCUGGUCCUGGCUGAGGCUUUGCAGAUGGAGUACGAUGCUCUUUCUCGCCUUAAACAGGACAAAGAUCCCACUGGAAGAGGAGAGUCUGAUGGUGGCAAGACCUUGCCAGCCCGGAAUACACAAUCUAGAUGUAUCCCCAGUCCGUCUGGAACAAACUUGCGACAAGGGCUUUCAGGGUCCGAUCCAAUUCUUAACCUCAUCCAGCCUGGAGUUUCCAGCCCAUCAAGAUCAAAUGUGGAUCCUCAUGGGUACAGCAAGGAGCCCCUUUAUAUCCUGGAAAAUCCUGGGAAAACUGAUUAUGAGUGGAUGUCUGAAGGGCUUUCAAAGGGGUUGCCACCUCCAGAUGAACCUCCUCCUGCGAUUCCACCAAGGAAUCCGAUACCUCAACCAGAUUCGUUCCACCUCUGCAGGGGUUCAGCUCCCAGAGAUGUGAACCUGUUUAGCCCUGAGGUAGACCAACUUAAGCUUUCCUCUGGAGAAACCUUAAACUAUGACAACCUGAACGACUCCCUUAUGAGGCUUAACAGUGGUAGGCAAUCACCUAGGCAACAAAAAGUGAAUGGUGAUCAGUCUGGGAAGCCUGUGGCUCGCAGCAAGACGCUUCCCCCUCAGGUGCCACCUCGCACUUAUGUGCCUGGGCAACAGAGUGCCAGAAACAACCGCAGAGUGUCUGCUGAUCUGAUGUCACUUCGUUCCAGACCUAAUGGGUUUGGCUAUGAGCUCUUCCAGGUUUCAGAGGAGCGUGAUGAGGAGGUGGCUGCCUUCUGUCAUAUGCUCGAUGUGUUACGCUUGGCUUACCCGUACACGGACCGCUCUAAGAACGCUGGGUUUGUGUGGAGCCCGUGUGUGACUCAGGAGGAGCUGCAGCAGGGACUCGGGGUCAGCAUAAAAGUCACCGUCAUUGGUGAACACAUCCGAGAACCACUCACCUUCACCUGUGACGGGUCAUCCACCAUUGAACUGCUAAUAUACCAGACUUUGGGCUACGCUUAUGAUGACCUGGACCUAGUCGAUGUGGACGACUACCUGAUGAAAGUGUGUGGCCAAGCCGAGUAUCUCAACAACUUUCAGACCUUGGCUGGGCUUGAAUAUAUCCAGCAGUGUCUGAAGUUUGAUUGGGACAUCAAGCUUUUCCUCACCAAAAGAAGCACUGUGAACAUGGAGUUAGCCCGCUCUCAAGAGGAUGAUGAGGCACCAUCUUCACUGAACCAUAGCAUCUUGUUGCAGGAAAGACCCAUCAAACAGACUGUGACAAGAGAGGCUCUAACAUUGCUUCUGGACACCUUCCAUAAUGAGGCAGAGUCCUUCGUGUUAUCUGAGGUUGAACUGCAGUUACACGUGGAGCGCUUGGUUCAGUCUGUAAAAGCUCUGUGCACCUCACUUGCUGCCGUUGAAACGCCCGACAUCACCUCAGCCCUGAAUCAGCUGCCGGCUUGCCCAUGCAGACUGCAGCCCAGAGUGCAGAAGGAUGUGAGCGUGCUGUUGAAGAGAGAAAACCGAGAGAAAAUAGUCGAACGGUUGACGGCUGCCAUCUUGGAUCUGGUAGAGCUCUACUGCAGCACGUUUAACGCCAACUUCCACACAGCUCCACACAGCAGUCGGCCCACAGCACCAAUCCAGGAGGCAGGCAUGGUUACUAACGUGUUGUCCUUCAACAUUUACGCCGCCCACCGUGUCCCCAUCACCUGGGCCGCCAGUUAUGAAGGAUUCUUUCUGUCGUGUUCUCUCACCCAUGGGGGAAAUGAGCUGUGUGCCCCCCAGCAUACAAGCAAACAGUCAGUCAGCAAAUACCUCUUUCAUCUUGUUGUUUGGGACCAGAGGAUUUGCUUCCCAGUGCAGAUCAACCAGCUGCCACGGGAGUCUCAGCUGACAGUGACUCUGUAUGCCACUCCGUUACCACCCCCUGGAGGAGCUGAGGACAAGAGCAAGCAGAAAGCCCGCAACAUGGAGGCUCUAGGCUGGGUCACAAUGCCGCUGUUUAACUUCCGACACAUUUUGACGUGUGGUAGGAAGCUGUUGGGUCUUUGGCCGUCAACCCCAGGAAGCGGAAACACCCGGUCCAGCACUCCCAACUUCAACCAGCCAGACAGUGUCAUCCUGCAGGUGGACUUCCCAACAUCCUCGUUCGAGGUGCGUUUUAGCACCCCUCCGCCGGCCGAGUUCAGUCCUCAGUAUGAGUUUUCCCGACUGGAGCAGAACAGCCAGAGACAGCUCCAGGACAUCCUAAACAAGAUGUAUCUCUUCUGGUUGACUCCGGAGCAAAAGCGCCUGCUAUGGGAAAAGCGUUACUUCUGCCACGCCGAAAGCAGCCGCUUGCCCCUGAUCCUGGCCAGCGCUCCCAGCUGGGAGUGGGCGUGUUUGCCUGACAUCUACGUCCUCCUGCGCCAGUGGUCAUGUACCAACCACCUGGAUGCUCUGGGCCUGCUGCAGGCUACGUUUCCAGAUCAGGAGUGCAGGCGCACAGCUGUCCAGUGGAUGGACUCCAUCUCUGACCCUGAGCUCCUAGACUUUCUUCCACAGCUUGUGCAGGCUCUGAAGUACGAGUGUUACCUGGACAGUCCUCUGGUGCGUUUCCUGUUGCGCAGAGCCAUCGGAGACGUGCGUGUCGCACACUGCCUUUUCUGGUUGCUGAAGGACACUCUGCAGGACUCACAGUUCAGUGUACGCUAUCAGCAUCUACUGGCCGCGUUGCUCUGCUGCUCAGGCCGAGGCCUCCGUGAAGAGUUUGACCGCCAGUGCUGGCUCAUCAACAUCCUGGCUAAAGUAGCACAGCGUGUCCGAGACGCCUCUCCAUCAUCGAGACAAGCUCUACUCCGAGAAGGACUGGAGGAGGUCAAACAUUUCUUCUCCAUAAACAGCAGCUGCCGCCUUCCGCUUAACCCUGGCCUGCUAGUGAAGGGCAUUAACAUACAGUCCUGUUCCUAUUUCAACUCCAACGCUGUACCACUCAAACUUUCAUUACAGAACAUAGACCCCCUGGGAGACAACAUCAACGUCAUCUUUAAGUCAGGAGAUGACCUGCGGCAGGACAUGCUCACCCUGCAGAUCAUCCGCAUCAUGAACAAAAUCUGGAUCCAGGAGGGUUUGGAUAUGAGGAUGGUUAUCUUCCACUGCUUCUCCACAGGCCGGGGCCGAGGCAUGGUGGAGAUGAUCCCAAAUGCUGAAACCUUGAGAAAAAUCCAAGUGGAACAUGGGGUGACUGGGUCCUUCAAGGACCGCCCACUGGCUGACUGGCUGCAAAAACACAACCCCACUGAGGAUGAGUAUGAGAAAGCAGUAGAGAACUUCAUCUACUCCUGUGCAGGCUGCUGUGUGGCCACCUACAUCUUGGGCAUCUGCGACCGUCACAACGACAACAUCAUGCUGAAGAGCAGUGGCCACAUGUUCCACAUUGACUUCGGCAAAUUCCUGGGUCAUGCACAGAUGUUUGGCAACAUCAAACGAGACCGAGCUCCAUUCGUUUUCACCUCUGACAUGGCGUACGUGAUUAACGGAGGAGACAAACCUUCAAGUCGCUUUCAUGACUUUGUAGACUUGUGUUGUGAAGCGUACAACCUCCUCAGGAAACACGCACAUCUGUUUCUCAACCUGCUGGGCUUGAUGCAGUCAUGUGGCAUUCCUGAGCUGUCCGAUCUAGAGGAUUUAAAGUACGUUUAUGACGCCCUGAGACCACAUGAGUCUGAGGCAGAUGCUACCAUGUACUUCACCAGGUUGAUCGAGUCCAGUCUGGGCAGCGUGGCCACAAAACUCAACUUCUUCAUCCACAAUCUCGCCCAGAUGAAGUUCGCCUCAUCCGAGGAGCGCCCCGUAUUAUCCUUUGCUCCGCGAGCCUACACGCUGAAAAACGACGGCCUUAUCCGAAGCUUGUUCGUGUGCCGCCACGUUAAAACCUACAGCCCCAACAAGGGUUAUACAUAUGUGGUGAAAGUGGAGCGUGAGGGCCAGCAGGGGGCGACAUUGGUUCAGAGGAGUUUUGAGGAGUUUCACGAGUUGCACAGCAAACUGCGCCUCAUCUUCCCUUCUUCUAAACUACCGAGCUUCCCCAGCCGCUUUGUGAUCGGCCGCUCACGCGGAGAAGCCAUGGCUGACCGGAGGAAAGAUGAGCUGAAUGCAUACGUAUGGCAUCUGAUCCACUCGGCCAACGAGGUCGCUCAGUGUGACCUGGUCUACACCUUCUUCCACCCGUUACCAAGAGACGAGCGGCCGGUAGGAACUGCCGUAAACACACUGAAUAACAAACCAGCAGAGGGUUCAUGGACUCCUGUCCCUGGUAAAGUGGCCGGUGAAGUGAAAUUGUCCAUUUCUUACAAGAGCAACAAGCUGAUCAUUAUGGUGAUGCACAUACGAGGCCUGCAACCUUUGCAGGACGGCACUGACCCGGAUCCGUAUGUCAAACUGUACCUGCUCCCUGAUCCCCAGAAAACAAGCAAGAGGAAGACUAAGGCCGCUCGGCGCACCUGCAAUCCCACGUAUAACGAAAUGCUGGUGUAUGACGGGAUACCACGUGGUGAUCUGAGCCAAAGGUCAAUUCAUCUUCGAGUCCUGGGUGAUGGGGCGUUUUGGGAAAACACGCUGCUGGGCGAGGCCUUCAUUCCCUUAAAGAAUGUCACACCUGGCCAGUAUUGGGUGGACUGGCACCAGCUGAGCACAGGCAGCUCGGAUACUAGCCGCUAACAAAAACACACAGCUGCAAAGACAGACAGGGUGAUGAAGUGAUCGCUGCAUUGUGAUCAGCAGGCGUAAUUCGGCACGUCUCUGUGAAAGGGAACUGACUCCGAAACGAAGCUUAUCGAGAAGCAUGUACACGUCUGUCUUUGCACCGGGUUCUAUGAGUUCUGUGUAGAAGAAUGUAUUUUCCCCACACUGGGGGUGUUUGUUGCUGAGAGACUUGUAGAGACGUGUGAUAGAGAGCCAUCACCGCAUGUGCUUAGUCAUGUUGGGGUUUUAUUGCCCUCUCCCUGGUCAGUGAGAAUUGGACAUGGCUGAAACAGCGCAGUUGAGAAGAGAAACACCGACUCUGUCGAAUUCCUAGUCGGAUCCAAAAACUUUGUCCGUUGUACAGCCUCAUAAUUUCCUGUUAAGAGAGGGGAAGUGGAAUGUUAUAACUUAUUUCUUGUUAAGAUGUCCUUUUAUUUUGGCUCGAUUUGGAGCUAGCUUUUUGUUGACAUUUACGUCUUUGUGAUUUUAGAUUCUUACGGAUUUUACCGAAUAAAAUAAGAGGCAGAUAUGAACUGUUGUAAAAACCGAUUAGAUUCACUUCGCUGGUGGCGGGGAUCUUAUCCUACCUUGAUGAACUAAAACACUUGACAUUCUUUGGCAUUGCAAACUGGGGUGCAGUCACGCAAAGUCUAAAGCAUCUGUAAUAUGAGUGACAUUUUUUUUAACCAAGCACUAGGCGCUAAACUGAUUUGGGAUGCAGUGGUAUUGAUAUUCUUUGAUAUUCUUCCAAUAUAUCUCCUAGCCCAAUAGCACACAACCCAAACACCUUAUUUACAGGUGCACUUAACAGCUUGCCUUCAACUUAAGCGUGAAGGUUGGAACGUGAUGACAGGAGCCUGAGCAGGCAGUUAAAGUUUCGGUUUGGACAUCGUAUCGCAAACUUAGAGCUGUGCAGUCGAAUGAUUCACGUGCAUGCUGUGAAAAUUGCUACUGGAUAAAUGUUGCACUUUUGGCCUUAUUUGCCAUGAAGUAUUUUGUGCUUACGUUUCUGGGAUCAGUCGUUUGUUGCUUGAAAUUAAAUAUUUUAUUUAUUUGAAUAAAGCAAAGAUUAACACGCAA